GUGAGAAACUCCAACAAGCUCAAGCCUCACACAUUCAUAUGGAGAUUUGGGAGUAUAAAUAGAGGAGCUGCAGCCAGUGCAAAUCAGACUCACUCUGAACAGAGAGAUCUACAGCACAGAGAUCCAGACAUGACACCUACAAUCAUCUCAAAGGAGCUUCUCCCUCUCAACAACAAGCUGAGAAAGCCGAUGGUGGAGAAGAUGUGCAGAGAUCGUAUCAACAGCAGCAUCGAGCAGCUCAAGUGUCUUCUAGCUCCAGAGUUCCUCAAGCAGCAGCCUGAUUCCAAGCAGAACAGGAGGGAAAGUGUCCUGCCAGACCAGAAGACCUUCAGCAAAGACAUGAAUGUCAACAAGAGCGCCAUCUGGAGGCCUUGGUAGAGCCUUAAAGACUCAGACUGAACAUCUACACUAGACUCAGACUAUUACGCUUUUAGUUUCUCUUUUUGAGAAAAAGUGUUUCAGUUUGGAAGAGAUAUUUGCACUGCUA